UUGGGUUGGAGAGAGCAAUCUCUGCCUCUUUCUGAGCAUAGUGAGCUAUCCGAGGGGUAGUGGCAAGAAUCCUGCUCAUCCCAGGGCUGGUUCACUCCCGUAAGCCACCCUUGGGCUUCUCACAGAUAAAAUAGCCCGGUGCUGUGGUCGUUUCCUCUGAGCAACCUCUCUCCUUACGCCCGGUCCUGGGGAGCUCCAUUCGUCCAAAUGGGAGCUGAGUUUGCAAGCUGCCAAGGGCGGCGGGGCUGGGGCUGCUGAUGUCAGAGCCAAAAGACAGUUGUGAUUGGAUCUAAUUAGACUUUGCAGCAGCAAAUAGACAAGCUCCCUGCGUGAUUGGCUUCAAAGUGUCUGGUGCCAAACAACUAGCAGAGGUGCAAAAGUGUCAGCUUUGCGCUGGGAGCCCAGAUGAAGAGGUAGCCCGAGGGGAGCUCGGGAGCUCAGGACGCGCGCACCUUUCCCCGCGCCUGCUGUCCGAGGAGAGGUUCAGAGCUCGGCCCCCCGACAGAGGCCCCCAGCGCAGCUGGAACCAAGUGCAGAGAACAAUUAGAGAACGCGCGCUCCCUGGCUCGCUCGGUCUAAAAAAGUGAGUCGGCUCCUGAUUCGGAGGAGAAGCUUUCGCGCCGCCAGCCCGGCAGCUGCAAGAGCGAGAAAGGUGCGACUGCUGAAGGAAAGGCUGCGCUCGGAUUCUCCUGACUGGGUCUCGGCCAUGGCAUCCGUCCUGGGCAGCGGCAGAGGGUCCGGAGGGCUAAGUAGUCAACUCAAAUGCAAGUCCAAGAGGAGGAGGAGGAGGAGGUCCAAGAGGAAAGACAAAGUCAGCAUACUGUCAACCUUCCUGGCUCCCUUCAAGUACCUAAGUCCUGGCACCACAAACACGGAGGAUGAAGACAAUCUCAGUACCAGCAGCACAGAAGUGAAGGAGAACCGUAAUGUGAGCAACUUGGGAACCAGGCCCCUGCCACCUGGGGACAGGGCCAGAGGCAGUACAUCCAGCAUCAAAAGGAAAAGGCCCUUGGAGGAAGGGAAUGGGGGCCACAUCUGCAAACUCCAGCUCAUCUGGAAGAAGUUGUCCUGGUCAAUGACACCCAAGAAUGCACUUGUCCAGCUGCAUGAGCUGAAGCCAGGCCUACAGUACCGAAUGGUGUCUCAGACUGGCCCGGUACAUGCCCCUGUCUUCGCUGUGGCGGUGGAAGUGAACGGAUUCACAUUUGAGGGCACAGGGCCCACCAAGAAAAAAGCCAAGAUGCAUGCGGCCGAGCUGGCACUGAAGUCCUUCGUGCAGUUCCCCAAUGCCUGCCAGGCCCACCUGGCCAUGGGCAGCGGCACCAGCCCAUGCACAGAUUUCACUUCAGACCAGGCCGACUUCCCAGACACUCUAUUCAAGGAGUUUGAGCCGUCUGUGCCCAGUGAGGGCUUUCCAGCCUGCCGGCCCAUGGACCCCGAACUGCUGUCCACCGCUUACCGGAGAGGGCGGCUGCUGUACCACACCCUGGACCUCAUGGGCCCCGCCCGACCCGACCGGCCCUGGCCUGCUCCCGCAGCCCCAGGAGAGAGGAACCCGGUGGUCGUGCUGAACGAGUUGCGCUCCGGCCUUCGGUAUGUGUGCCUCUCGGAAACGGCCGAGAAACCGCGCUCCAAGAGCUUUGUCAUGGCUGUGUGCGUGGACGGGAAGACGUUCGAAGGCUCGGGACGCAGCAAGAAGCUGGCCAAGGGCCAGGCAGCACAGGCCGCCCUGCAGGCCCUCUUCGACAUCAGGCUGCCCGGCCACACCCCCAACAGGAGUAAAAGUAACCUCUUGCCACAGGAAUUCGCCGACUCGGUGUCCCAGCUGGUUACACAGAAGUUCCGUGAGCUGACAAUUGACUUGACAUCCAUGCAUGCCCGCCACAAAGCACUGGCAGGAAUCGUCAUGACCAAAGGCUUGGACACCAGGCAGGCGCAGGUCAUCGUCCUGUCCUCGGGGACCAAGUGCAUCAGCGGUGAACACAUCAGUGACCAGGGGCUGGUGGUCAACGACUGCCAUGCAGAGAUCGUGGCCAGGCGGGCAUUUCUCCACUUCCUCUAUGCACAGCUGGAACUGCACCUGAGCAAGCGACGAGAGGACUCAGAGCGAUCAAUAUUUGUGCGUUUAAAGGAGGGAGGCUACAGACUUCGAGAAAACAUCCUCUUCCAUCUCUAUGUGAGCACAUCACCCUGUGGAGACGCAAGACUCAACUCCCCUUAUGAGAUCACCACAGACCUGAACAGCAGCAAACACCUCGUCAGGAAAUUCCGAGGACACCUGCGCACCAAGAUUGAGUCUGGGGAAGGGACGGUCCCCGUACGGGGGCCCAGCGCAGUCCAGACGUGGGACGGCAUCCUGCUGGGGGAGCAGCUGGUCACCAUGUCCUGCACAGACAAGAUUGCCAGAGGAAAAGCAGGACGAUGUGUACAUGCAUAUGUCAUAGCAGUGCCAACACAGGCUUUUUUCCCAUUAUCUGCUCUCAUGGGAGCCCUGUUUGGGGCCAGGAAUAUUAAUGCUUGGCUGCUUCCUAUUUCUCUCUUGACAGGAGUGAGUAAUGCUGAGGCACGACAGCCAGGAAAGUCUCCCCACUUCAGUGUGAACUGGGUUGUGGGCAAUGCGGACCUGGAGAUUAUUAAUGCCACAACCGGGAAGAGGAGCUGCGGGGGCUCAUCCAGGCUCUGCAAGCACGUGUUCUCUGCCUGGUGGGCACAGCUGUAUGGUAGGCUGAGCACACGGAUACCAAUCCACGGAGACACACCAUCCAUGUACUGUGAGGCCAAACUAGGGGCUCAUACCUACCAGUCUGUUAAACAGCAGCUGUUUAAGGCUUUUCAGAAAGCCGGCCUGGGCACCUGGGUGAGGAAACCACCAGAGCAAGAUCAGUUUCUACUAACUCUGUAAGUCAUUAGACUCCUUUGCUAUUGGACCACAGUGAAACACCUGGAAAGGAUGGAGUCAUAUGUGUGGAGCAACAUGGUGUCUCCAUUGAUUCUCAGCAUUCGUUUUCCUUCAGUGUUCCAGAAACACACAAGUUCCAUGUUUGGAUGAGUAACUAGAUUUGAAUUCAGGACAUGCUGCUUUUCCCCAAGUUGCUAGUCCCAAGAGCCCUGUCCACCAUACCUCGAGGUACAAGUGCCAUUGUAUUAGCUCCAUCUCUUCUUGGUGGUAUCAAAGGAAAAGCUUCUAUUCUGGUGAAGGGAGCUGAGUUGCAGCCUUGACAAGUGGCACUGAAGUGUGGCCAGUUAGAAACAGGCCACUUGCGUGAUGCAUCCUCUGGCUUCCCUCCCUUACCAUUAGCCUCUCUAAUGAUGGGUUUGGGUCUCACUAGCACAGGUUUAUGUGAUUCUUGAAGAUAAGCCACAAGUGAAAAGAAAAGCCAUGGGCUCCCCACAAAGAAACCAACAGGAAUGCUCUAUUAUUUGCAUUAUUUAUCUAGAUGUCUUAUUCCAUCUUCUUUCAAAGAGAUUUGAGAUGAACAACACUAAAGAACAACUAAAAUAAGACCAGAUAAAUGAAAACCAUUCUUGCAACACAAAGGAAUAGUUACCCACAGCACAAAUGAGUUAUAAUCUAUGAUAUAAGAAAACCAUUUCUAAACCUCCUACUAAGUGAGGGUUGCAAGCCAGCACAUGCCUAUUCAGUCAAACACAACACUUCACUCCUUUUGGUAGAUAAUGAUAGACUUGAAGUUUGAGUUAUAUAAGGGUUAGCAACUACCUACAACUUCCCUACCAGGUAGUAAGGAAACUGAGUGUCACAACAAAUUCUGAUUCUUGACUACAUUUUUAUUAGAAAACAAGCACCCAAGAAACCCAUGUUCAAAACAAUCUUUAGGUUUGAGGUUUUAUUUUAAUUUUUCUAAUCACCAUCUUGCAUAUCUAAAAGAACUAACUUACAAAAUGCAACAGGCAGGCCUUUAGAACAGACAGCAGACCAAGUCCACAGCUGGACACAGGACAUUUACAAUUUCGUCCACAUCAUGAAUUCCUGAGAGGUGCUAGAUUCAUGCAAAGGGAGAGGUACACCUUUAACAUAUAUUUUAUCAACAUGCGUUCCUUGAAUUGUUUCCAUUUUACCACUGAGAACGCGUUUUGAGCAUCUAUCAUGCCAGUUAACAAGUCUCUAGUUUUUCCCACUUAAAAAAAUUCCUAUCUGAAGUACAUUAUGUUAAAUAACCAAACAUGGUAGUAGUUAUCUCCAGAGUAUAGCUUCCCUGUUAGAACUCCAACUGACCACCCUACAGAAAUGCAAGAAUUACAUCAUGCUGGAUAGUCUAGAGUAAAUGGCAGAUAUCAUAACAAUGAGGCAAAAAAUGAAACAGAUUUGUAGCUAUUUGAGACAAGAAAAUAAGAAGUAGGGAUAUUAGUAUGAAAAUAGAAACUUUUCCUGGAACUUGACAUGAGGUUAAAUUUAUCACUAAAGUCUUUUUAGGAAAGGAAAUGGGCACUGUUGUAGACAACUUCUUUAAGAUAAAGUUUUGAAAGAUAUGAACAUGUUUUGCACCUAGAUGAUUCAUAAGCUUUCAUAGAAAUUGAAGAAAAUGAAAUCUUACUUCAAUGUAAAGGCUAAGAUCAAAGGACCAGUUUGUAUCCAUUUCUGAAAAAAAUCUUAGAAAACCAAAAAACCCUGAGAGUCAGUUGUGGCUUAGACAAUGACUCAAUCAGCAGACAUCUAGAGCCAGUCUCUGAAAGUCUGGAGGCAGAGUUGGUUUCUGGUUGAAAUCUAAGAUUUUAACCUCAAAUUACUGAUAUCCUGAGCUGUUGCUUGGAGAAUGCUUCACAUCAUUGUGCUCCAAGCACUGUUCUUUGUAGAAUAAGAGGAUUAGCAGCAGUAUCAGGGUCUUAAUUAUGAUGGAAAGAGGCAGAUGGGUCAUCCCACGAAAGGGCUCAGCUAAAGCCACUCAUAUGAUCUGAUUCAAGGAACAUGAAAAGCAAUCACUUUCCCAAUAAUAAACAUCUCUACAUCCCUCAAUUGAAGCUAUGUGACCAUGAUUCACUUUGGUUAGGCAUUGGGUCUCCAAAAGUAAGCCAGACUUAAUUAAAACAUAAAUAUCUACUUGUGAGGAAAGCCACUCACUGACUCUAUCCUACCCCUUAGCACUAGCAUGGAGAGUCACUUAGUAAGUCAAUAGGAGAUGCCCUGGAAGGAGAUAUGAAGGCUUUGCAUAGCAUUGUAGUAAGAGAAGAGUUUUCCAUGUAGCCAAAAGUAAGUUUGAGAAACUGGGGCUUUUCCCAGGACAUAUCUGUCCAGGUAGAUGUGAGAUGAAAAGGGAAAUGGGAAGGUGGAGGAAGAGGAUCUCAGGAUCAGGCAGUGAAAGGAGAAAGAGUAUUGAGACAAGCUAUGAUAAGCAGUGUGCUGGGAAGACAAGGGCUAAGGAAAGACAGUCUUCAAGGAGUGGGGGGACUAGAGGAGGAUUAGGAGGAAGAAUGAAAGGACUUGAUGCAGUUAUUCUCGGAAGCAAACAGGAAGCCAAAUUAAGACUGCACACCGUAACCAGAUGGCGCCAUGUAUUCUAUGCUCCUGACUGCAGAAGCCUGACCCAGCUUAGAAGUGGCCAGUUACAGGAUUCUGAUGUAGUGUCUGGUACAGCUAAAAGGGACGAAUCAUAUUACCCCCAAGACAAAAGGACCAAUAGUGGAAGCCUAGGUAUCUCCUCACUUCAAUGUUAAGAACACGCCAACACUACUUUUAGGCUAGGUCCACCUGCUUUUUUUUUUUUUCUUUGACUGCUGAAUAAGUCUUAAAAGCAGCUCCCCAGUGGAGAUUUCUGUAAGGAGAACAAAACACAAAUAGGUGAGGUGUAACUUUUAAUCACUGUGAAAAAACAAAACUGGGCAAAAUAAAAUAAAGAUGAACAAAACAUAAAGUCAAAGAAUACCCAGGCACCUACAUUACCUUACUACCCCCGUCCAUCUGAUUUGCCUCAAAACUACCACCCCUAUAAUUCUUUGUGCCUCACACUACAUAAUAGCUCAAAGUCAUUAGCUUUCAAAUUUUUCUGUAUUGUGUAUUCAUACCUAUUUAGCUGCACUACUAAAGUUCAAAUAAAAUCAACAUCAUGCUUAUCUGCCUUCAAAACACACAUUGCUUUCCUACUGGGGAGUUAAGCAAUUUAAGGUUUCCUGCCUGGUUCUUAGUCAAAAAGUCAGUGUCUGAUCAUUUGUGAGCCUUUUCACAGGACUGAGCCCAGGGAAAGAGACUAUGAGGCCAUACAGGUUCUGCUCGUCCUCCUCCAGCACAAGGUUUCACAGCAAUGUAUAAUAUCAAACUGUUGAAUUUAUUAUUUCUUUGGGUUUUGUUUUCACAAACGAAAGGAUUUGUGAGUCUACAACUAUUGUUUCCUUUUUUAUUCCUGUGAUUCUCUUUAAAUCUGUAUAUAUCUCUCACACCACUACUGAUUUUGUGAUGUCUUCUUGUCUCUCAGAAAUGUUAAGCUGAGUUGCUUUUCAAACAAAUACAUAGUUCAUAUUUUUUCCAUAUAAUUUCUUUUUCACAGGAAAUUGUUCUUAUCAAUAAAGUUAAAAACAUUUU